GCAUGAUGACGUAGUGUCUGACACAUGUUUCCCACAAUUCAUUUCGAAAGAAAAUGUCUACCAUGAACGGUGGUGACAUAAAUGACUAAUAAGAAGAAUCCGCUUCCAUCUUGGUUGCGUUUACGAGUAUGAGCUAUAGAUGCCUGUAGUCAGCAUGAAUGAAACUUCUUGGGACGAUAGUCGGGCAAUGCUGUCACACGGCAACCUGGCCAACAUGAGACAAAGUAGCCACAUUUCCAAAGAUGAUGCUGGUGUUAGCUAUUUCUUUCAAAGACCCCAAGAAUCUAACGACCCUGGCAACUAUUCCAGUAAAAAAUGGGCAGUUGGAGAUGAUAGUGUUCUCGACCAGACUCGAGGUAUGACAGUACAGGAACUGGAGAGGAAUUUGCAUACGAUGUCUCUAGAACGUGAGCAAAGUAAGAAACUUGGAUGGGAUAUGGGAGGUGGUGAUGUUGGUAAACAAGACCAGAAUCAAGCUAUGUUUCAGAAUAAUCCCUGGAAUAGGCCACGUGAUGAUGGUGGCUGGAACCCGGCACCCCAGUCCGACCCACAUGUUACACAGGCAGCCCCGGGGACCUACUUGCCAGGUAUGCAUCGGCGCCCGGGCAGUUUUCCAGGUACCCCGCUUGUGCCAAACUUCGACAAUCCUAACAUGCUCUCAUCUCGUGCAGAACCAGGUGGCGCUUCUCUCGGUGUCAACAUGGUGGAGUACGUGCUGGGUGGAGGAUCGCCAAGUGUUGCCGGAAACAAGAACCUUGCGAUGAGACAUGCUCUCAGUAACCCCUAUAAUAUGCAUAACAUGAAAAAAGAAGGGAAAGAUUUGGAUAAAGAGAAGACUCCAUCACCAUUUGAAAAGGGAGACGACGGUCCAAAUGAGGGACAGGAAUCACUGCAACAUAAUGGGGGUAUAAUGCAGAACGGCAUCAAGGAUGAUGCAGGGAUGUACGGGUAUGUCGAAUCCAACUAUGAAAGAAGACGAGUAGGAAGCCACCAGAACUCACCAACACUUGAAGACAAACCUCCACAGAUGAAGCAGGAUAGCGGGGAUUUCCUCGAACAGCAACAAAACUUGAUCCAACAGCAGAUGGCUGGUUUCCAGCUUGACCCCACCCAGCUCAGUAUAAAUGAACCAAUGGGUAUCGAUCCUACACAGUUUGAUUAUAACAACCAGCUUGGCCAGGUGCCCUCUAUGGACAGUCCUAACUUCAAUAUGGAUUAUCAACAACAGAUGCGACAACAGCAGCAGCAGCAACCAAUAGCCGUGUUAACGCAGCAACAGUAUGCAUUAGCAACACAACAACAACAGCUUGGAAUGAAUGGCGCGAUAACUCCAACACCGUAUGUGCUAAGCCAGGACCCAUACACGGUCGGCAUACAGCUAGCAGCAGGUCCAACAGUAAUUCAUCCGCAGUAUUACAGUGUACAGACACCAUGGGGUAUUUACCCUGCCAACAUUAUCCCCACCCAGGGGCAGCAGACUCCCCAGGGUCUACAACAGAUGAGGGGCGGGUCUGGACGCCUGACCCCAUCAGGACAGAGUGACUCUGGCACCCCAAUGCAACAACAGUUACCUACACAAGGUAAUACAGGAGCACAGUAUCAGAUCCUGGCACCUGCAUAUUAUGAUCAGAAUGGUCAGUUGGUGAUGGGCAAUCCCAGAGGCCUAGGUGGCACUUCUAUGAGGCUGGUGUCUCCAGCACCUGUUCUUGUUUCUGCUGGGAACCAACAAGGUGGUGCUCCGAACAUUGGCAGUAACCCGCUACGUCUACUCACCACCCAACCACAACAGAUGCCCACAACCCCACCCAUUUUCUCGAGUAGUAAUAGUAACACACCACAAAACUCACUUGGAUACAGUCAGUCAAGUAGUAUGGGCUACCCACAAGUUUCUUCUAGUCUUUUCACGCCAAUCAGCACUGGUCUCAAUCAACAGAGUAACUAUGGUAACAGUGGCCUUGGAAGUCUGGGGUCAAGCAUGCAAGGUUCCAUUGGAUCUGGCGAGUUUGGCCUAGGAAGUGGUCAGAGACGGGACUCAUUAGAUUUCAAGGCACGGCAGAUGACACCCAUCAAUCAGUAUUACGGUUCCCUAGGUAACCUGGGUUCACCUGCUGGACCUAUGGGUCUUGUCCAACCUGGGCAAUCUAUGACCCCACCCCUUUCUGGUCUCGGUAAUGGAGGUAGACUGUAUAACGCAGCGCCAGGAGCCGAGGCCAAGUUUCGCAGUGGGUCUGUAGGGGCAACCAGUAUGUUUGGCUCCCUGUUCCCUGGAAGGACUAUGCAGUCAAGAAGUAGUUUGUCAAAGGAAGUGACGGGACGGAGUAGACUGCUUGAAGAUUUCCGCAAUAAUCGUAUUCCCAACUUACAGUUGAAAGAUCUGAUCAACCAUGUUGUAGAAUUCUCACAAGAUCAACAUGGAUCAAGGUUUAUUCAGCAGAAGUUGGAGCGAGCCACUCCGCAGGAGAAACAGAUGGUCUUCAACGAGAUCCUCUCUGCAGCCUAUAGUCUCAUGACUGAUGUGUUUGGUAACUAUGUGAUACAGAAAUUUUUCGAGUUUGGAACGCCGGAACAGAAACAAACUCUGGCACAGCGUCUACGAGGUCAUGUGUUGCCACUGGCAUUACAGAUGUAUGGUUGCAGGGUCAUACAGAAGGCACUGGAAUCAAUUCCUGCUGACAUGCAGGUUGAAAUAGUGAAAGAACUGGACGGUCAUGUAACAAAGUGUGUAAAGGAUCAGAAUGGUAACCAUGUUGUACAGAAGUGUAUCGAGUGUGUCGAUCCUAAACAUCUACAGUUCAUCAUUGAUGCAUUUAAGGGGCAGGUAUACACACUGUCUACUCACCCAUACGGCUGCCGUGUGAUACAGAGGAUCUUGGAACAUUGUACGCCAGAACAGAUCCAGCCACUGCUCGAGGAACUUCAUGAGCAUACGGAGAGACUGGUGCAAGAUCAGUACGGUAACUAUGUCAUACAGCAUGUGCUCGAGCAUGGACGACCCGAAGACAAGAGUAAAAUAGUGAGUGAACUGCGUGGGAAAGUUCUUCUGCUGAGUCAGCAUAAAUUUGCAAGUAAUGUUGUGGAGAAGUGUGUCUCGUACUCGUCACGUGGAGAGAGGGCCAAUUUGAUUGAGGAAGUUUGCUCGAUGAAUGACGGAGCUCUGUAUACAAUGAUGAAAGACCAGUUUGCAAACUAUGUUGUUCAGAAAAUGAUUGAUGUCGCAGAACCGCCCCAACGGAAGAUUCUCAUGCAUAAGAUUCGUCCUCAUAUCGGCACUUUACGGAAAUACACGUACGGGAAGCACAUUCUCGCAAAGUUGGAGAAGUUUCUUCUCAAGACCAAUUCUGACUUGGGACCAAUUGGAAUGCCUCCUAAUGGAGCACUUCCAUAACAAGUUGUUUGUUUCGAUGAAUAUUUAUGUAGGGAUGUCACGAUAAAUAAUUUUUAUAGCCAGGUAAUCACAAUUUGAAGUAAUUUGUCCGUUUUCGAGUAACUGCCUAUUUGCAAUAUUAAGUUGAUAACCUGCUACUUGGUUAAAUAAUUUUUAUUCACUUGCAACAUUAUUUGUUGUAAAACAUCAAGGGCAGUGAUGAGGGAAAAAGAAAGACUGCAACUGCUUACCAAUAAAUCAUGACCUCCCUGCCAUGAAACAACUAAGUUAUUGAGGAAUAUGCAUGCACUUAUUUAUUCCCUUAAUUUAUUUCAGAGUUUAAAAUUCAAGAAAGCUCUUGUUUGCAAAGUUGAAAGAGUAUUUAUUAAAAUUAAGGCCAAUAUAAUUAGCUUUAGAAAGCCAUGUUUAUGCUUCAUUAUAAUACAACGUGUAAUUGAAAGAUUUCAUGUUAAGAAUUAUUGAAUAGCUGAGCUAAUGAGAUCAGUUUGUGAUGAGUGUUGUAUUCUAUGGCCAAGACAGAUUGUUUGAUAUUGUCUAACUGUUACAUUAUUACAUAUUUUCUAUUUACUAAACACUAUGAACGUGUGCUCUGAUAUAAAGUAUUGAGCUGUAUUUUUCACGAAAAGGUUUUGAAUGGACCAGUGUUCUUGUUGAGUCGGCUAAACGAUGUAAUCGUUUUGACAAGUCCUUGCUAUCCAGCGAUUCUCUAAGUCUAAAUGGACCAAAUAACACAGUGAAGCGAUGUAGUUCCAUUAGAUUUCUCAAACUUCAAACAGUUCACUGCAAGAAUGAAAUUAAGUUGCGUGAAUUCCCUUUGCUAUGACCAAUAUACGAUGUAAUCUGUCAUAUUUAUGACUUGUAAUUGUGCAAUACUCGAAUGUAACUCAUUAAGCAUAAAUGUGCAUUUUAUGAAUUGCGCAGGCUUACAAAGCUUGCGUAACAUCCAGCGAAAGACAAAAAAUAGUUCCACAGGGCUCCAGAUAAGAUGCGUAUUAGCGUAAAUUACGUAUAGAAAUAAUGCAAAUACUCAUGUCUAAUAAUUUCUAAACGUAUAUAAAAUUACAGAAAUGCACACAGUGCUUUUUUAAAAACAAAAUCUGAAUCAUCUGGAUGCGUUAGGUAACAUAGCCGAUCCCGAUCAGCCUUAAUUCUCCCACAUUGAACGUAUACACGCAUCGUAUGAUUUCUAUAAACUUUGCGUGGGUUUCUACACACACACAUGAAUUUUGCAGUCAGUAAACGGAUAAAUUAUCGGAAGAAAAAGCUCUUACUGGUUUGUUUAGUUACUACAGAUAUUAAAAAUAAUUUUAAUUCUUAUUUUUCGAGAAAUAAACAAAUCGGCUAAACAUUAAAUUGUAUUUUCUUGUAGUUUUUGAAAUCGAAAGUAGAUCGUCUAUGUUUGGCGAAAUGAAACAACUUUUUUAUGAAAAGAUUUAAAUAAGAGGUAAUUUAACCGUAAACUUCAAUGUCAGAUACUGCCAAUUGCUGCUAAAUGUCUUCGUAUCAUCACAAUUUGUAAAAUAUAUUGUUCAAACUGGAGAAAAGUGUAAUCGUAUCCGGAUAUAAUAUUUUGGGUAAAUAUCGAGCUGUGUUAUGAAAUUUUAAGAAAAAAAAAACUAAAAACAAACUGAAACUGGUAGACUAUACUGUCAGUACAUCAAUCAUUAGCCGACUCAGGCCAUUCAGGCCUUUGAUUUUUUGUGUGUAAUGCCUUUAAUGGUAGUCUCUUUUUUCUUCUUCUUUUUUUUUAUAUUUGAAAAUGCCACGUUCAAUACCCUCAUGUGUGUUACAUGAUACCACAUACUGCGUUAAUUACAGGGUAGAUUCAAGAUUAUAUAUUUGUUAAGAGUUUGGUCAGCAGCACAGCAGUCUCACUGUUUGCUUGUAGUGUCUUAAAUUUAACAUGCAAGCAUCUAAAUAUGUCUGUAUUUUAUGUAUUAAAAAGUACUCUAUACUUAGCUCCUACAUAUGACCUAUACAGUGGUUAGAGAACACAGACAUUCAUGGAGCAUGUUGUUAUAGUAGAAAUAAUGGCCUCAAUGUUUGAUUAGGUCAUAAAUGGGAGAGAAACGUAUGUAAUAACUCAGACUAUCCUAAAAGAAUGUUCAAAUAUGGAUAAAAUCGUAGUUCUUAUACCAUUUGUAUUUGAAAAAGACGGGACUUGUAUCCCGUAACAUGUCAGAUUUGUCAAUUAGUUGGCAUUCAAACACAAUGUAAUAGAAGGAAUGAAAUGAUCAUUAUUUGAUUCCAGUGCUAUUACCGUGCUGAAAAAUAUACAUAUGCAUGUACUUCAGGACUAUGGUAUUAAUUGCUAUAUUUCUAGUGUUUUUGCUGUUUGUUGUUUUGUAUACAUCUGUCUCGUGACAUUCUGGGGUUUUUUUUAUGGAGAAUAGGGUGGAUUUUCAACAUUGUUAUUUUCAUGUGUAUUUUUUGCAGGAGAAAAAGACAUAAUACUUUCAUUUUAUUUUUCAUUACAAUGUUUUUGUUGCACUGUUUGUGUAGAUACUGAAAGCAGAAGGGCAAUGAGAUAUAUGAAAUCUUAUAGCCGGAGUUUCCAUAAGAUGUAAUAAAAUCACUUGGGUAUGUUUUAAAUGACUGAAGGCUUUCCACAUAUGUAGACCACGUUAGCUCUUCAUAGCUGUAAUGCAAUAAACAUCAUAAUUAUCAGCAUUAUUUGUGCAUUCAUCUUGACUUAAGUCAAUAAAACUAUUGAGAAAAUGGUUACAUUUGUCUCAGAUAUUGGCCCUGUUCUGCCUUGUUUGAUGGAAGGACAGGGGAUAUUAAAUCGGGAGUUUGUAGUCUAGUCUCAAAAUACAGCCUUGCUAUUGGUCAGUUUCUAGACAGAGCUUGGAAUCAUGCAAUCAGAAACUGGAAUUUUGAGACUGGUGUCUAGACUGUGUUAAAUAUGCAGAAAUAAUGUUAAGUAUUGAAAAACUAGUGUCAGUAUUGUUACACAACAGUGUUAGCAUACGUGUUGCAUGUUUUUAUCAUAUUUACUACUUUUUCUCCUUGUUUUCUCUCAAACUUUGCAUGUUGUAUUGUAGAAUAGUUGAUAUAGAAUAGUCACAUUAUAUUUUGUACCACUUACUCCCAUUUGAUAUAUUCCAUAUUUUUUGGUGUGUUUUUCUUUUUUUCUUUUUUUGUCAUUAAUCAUUGUAUUCAUAUUGUAAUGUUAGUUUGUAGAAGAUUGUUAACAGAAGCUGUUAAUACGAUUAUUUUUGUGAUAUUGACAGGUCCAUGGUACUGACAUAGUUUUGAAAUUUCGAAUGGUUUUAGAGCCUAUUUCUCACCCAGUUCUGCUGGUCUUGUUUGUAUGUCUGCCAUUACAACUAAUAAAACGCAAGUACAAAACAGUAGAAACAUCUGGAAGGAGAAAAAACUUUCGAUUUUAAAUUAUUCUAGUAGGCAUUCGAGUCUUUAACGAAGCCAGCACAGAAAAAAAAGAAUGAUGACUCUUAUGGGUAGUGAAUUCAUUAAAAACAUUAAAAUAUUCAGUAAAAUAUAAAGUGAUUUUGAAUUUUAUUGUUUUCUCUAUCUAAUUAAAUAAUAGAAAAAUAAAAUCAUUGAUAGCAAGGGUACAUUAAGAAUGAUGAAUGAAUUUUUUUAUCAAAUUCUGUCUGUUUUUAAGACAAGAAUUACAAAAGUAUGCUGGUUGUCAAAUGUACAGGUACACAAAUUGAUUUGUAUAUUAGAAAAAUGAAAUAUCACAUCACAAAGGAAUAUCUUGUAUUUAACCAUAUAAUCGUGUUAUAAUAUAGAAAUAGCCUGUAUAUGUUUGGUAGAUAGAUAUAUGUAUAUAUUUGACAUGGCUAUAUGUAUAUUUAGAAGUUUCACAUACAAUUUCUUUUUAUGUCAAGUUUUUUCUUGUAAAAAAGAAUGGAUUUUGCUUAUUUACAUUACACUUAAAAAUUUCUUUUUACGUCAAGUUUUUUUCUUUGAAAAGAUGUAUUUUGUCGAUUUACAUCGCUUUCUGUUACAUCUAAUUAACAAUAAAUUUCAGCUUUCAUAUGAACACUUUUAUCUGCAGUAAUAGAAAUAUUCUAAAGUUUUUGUAAACACAUUAUAGUUAGAAAUUUUUGUUGUAUAUAAAAGCACAUCAUUUUUCAUAUAUUUCUUGUUAGAAAACACCCCUAUAAUAUAUAACUACAAUCGCUUUAUAUAUUUAAUAAUCAUACAGUUAGGGUAAUAUGCAUUUGGUAUUUUAAUGUUAUUUGAAAACUUGUAUAUAAUCUAAAUACAUGUUGCUUUUUGAGUGUACGCAUAGCUUGCCGUGUAGGUAAUAUACUCCAGAUUUUUGUAAUAGAAUGACUGAAAACAUGCAUCUUUUCCAUUUUGUACAGGUGAACAUUCAUUUCAUCUUCUUCUGUGUUUCUUUCUUUCUCUACUGAUCUGUUUAGUACUGUUGUAAAUUUCUUAAUAUUUUUGGUCAUCUUUUGUAGUGCAUAGAAAGUUGCUUGUGGGAGACCUUUUUAAUCCUCACCGCGAGUUGUCAAUUCUUGUUGCUUAUCUCACGAGUGUAAGUGUGGCAUUGUAUAACAGCAGAACAGUAACAUAAAUAUUACUGCCAUUGUAUUCAAACAGAUCAGUAGAAGAGAAGUAAACUGUAGUUAUCUUCUCCUGUCAACUUCUAUGAACAUUUCUGCAUUUACUUUAAAAUAGUCAAGAGCUGAAUCAAACCUGAAUGUAUUAUACUUGUACAGAUCAACAAAAUAUCCCCCUUGUUAAUAGUGUAAAAAGUGAAAAAACGUACAUAUAGACAGUGUUUAUAGUUCUUUUUUUCUACAGUAAGAUGUAUUAUACUCUAGCAAGUACUUUGCUGUAAAGGUUGUACAAAUGUAAAAAACGAAUUUAUUGUGCAUGGAAUUUAACAACAAAUGUAUGCUAAAACCUUUACCCCUUUUUCAUAUUGAUUUUUUUUUUUUUUGUAAAAAAAACCUACAUUGCCAUUACUCUGCUUGUACUAUAUUUUUCGGGGGAAAAAUGUAUUUCCAAUAAAUUUGUCUUUCAAUGUAAAUAGAUUUUUUUUGUACACAUAAUUAUAUUUUUGCAUACUUAAACAUGCUUAGAAAUGCAUGUAUUUAAUUGAGAUUGUAGCAUAUGCAUCCAUAAUUCCAUGUAUAAACAAAAAAGUAUGACUGGCUCAUACGUUAAAUUGUAUAAUAUAGCUUUUUUCUGACCAUAAAUGCAUGAAAAUAGCAAUUUUUGUUCUUCUCUUAUUUCCAAAUUAAAUGAGACAUUUAAUUGGUUCUUGAUAAUGCAUCUGGACCGUAUUUGACUGUUGAUUUGUCAAUAUGGGGUGAUAGAAACAUUGAUAUCUUAUGAUAGAAACACUGAUAUAUUAUGGUGAUUAAUUCGUGAUUUAGGUAAAGUUAGAAUGGUCAGGUUAAGAAUGGGUCUUCGUAGAUUUUAGGAUAUCCAAGUUUUUAGAGAAGAAAUUGUGAAAGGGCAAACUGUGUGAUACAUUUUGUACAUUUUUAAAGGCCCUUUCAUUCCUCCAUACAUACAUAUGGAAUUGCAGCUACCUAGAAUGGAAGCACAAUUUUUUUACUGUGUUUAUGCAACUUCCCCCACCCACCACCAUUCACAAACCCCAAACCCUAGUUGCAGAUUAAGUAUUAUUGUUUUUUUUUCUAUAGAAAAUGUAGUUUUUUGUACAUAUUUUUGAAUGAGUAGACAUUCAAAUCUAUAGGUGAUACAUAUCACUUUACAUUCUAAGUCAAGAGUUGUGACCCUUCAGUCUAUAUUUGCAGUGAAGUGUUUUAGAAUAACUAAUAAUUGGUACCUGUAAAUGAAGAAUUGAUUUAAUGCAAAGACAAACUUUGUCAUGCAAGUGAUAAAGGCUUGUCAGAUAUGCAUUUCUCAGAAUAAUUAUUUUGUAUUAAGACAGUAAACACUAAUUUGAAAUACAAUAAACAGUUGAAGAUAUAUUUAUGCAUGUAGCCAUAACAUAGACCUUACGUCUUAAACUACAGUACUAUUGCUUUAUUAUAUGUAAUCAGUAACUUUUUUUUUGUAUUCAUUGUAUACUUGAAGGAACAAAUCUCAACUUGUAAUAUAGACCUGGGGUGAUAGUGCAAUUCUUUGAUGCAUUUUGAUAACAUAUAUUCUUUCAUUGUACAGAACCAAUCAUAUUUGCCCUUUCGUUUUUGUAGUAAAUGUACAAAGUGCACUUUUGCAAUAUUCUUUUAUUAAUUUUUUUUUGGUCAUCUUACUUUUUUCCCUUUUCAUGAAAUCUGGUUUUAGCAUAUUGCUGUAUUAAUUUCAUGCACAGAUAUUUUUGUACUGCCUAUUUACUCUAUGAAACAGCAUUUAUAAAUGCAUAUAUGGGAUUAUGUAAGGCAACGUGUAAAUAAGUUAUUUUUGACAUUGAUAUACUUGUGUACAAAGUUUAUAUAACUGAUAACAACAGAAUACACUGAACAAUGGUUCCUUUGUUUGUAUAUGUGUAAUUGCUUUAUAGUGUUCAUUCAAAAUUGUUGUGUUAUGGUUUCAUCUAGAAAAUCAAUGGUGUGGGAUAAUUUGAGAUGUUAAUAAUGGCUCUCUGUGGCUAGCACCUGUGUGGCAGUUGCCACUUAUACUGAAAGUGUUUGAAUUGCACCUGGGAGGAGUGUUUUAAAUGGAUGUAAGUCGUCCAGCAUGAAAUAAUGCUCAGAGUGGUGCCUUGGGUCCGACUUCUGUAAUAAGCCUAGACUUCUGAUGUAAUAUUAAAAAGCAUGAAUAUAAGUCAGUUUUCUUCUUGUUUGCCUUAACCAUGGCAGCUUGAAUGUACACAAGAGCUGUUUACACACAUAUAUAUGCAGAUUGCCGUUGUUGUUGUGUAGCAACCAAUCUCAGUGCAUUGUGAUUCCAUUCCAUAUAUGGCAUACCAUUUUAUCUUGUAUAAAGAGUCUAGGGAACAAUGUAUUAUAGUCAACUUUUUGUUUAUAAAUAAUCCCAAAUACUGCAUACAGAAAAUAUCAUAUUUAUAUGCACUUAACCAACUAUUGAUUUUGAAGAAUAAUUUUUAAGGAGUUAUAAGAAUCGUUAGCAACACUUAAUACAUUUUAUUGACCUUGAAAAAGAAUAUCAACUUGACUGUAUGCAGAGGGCACACAUGCAGAAGCUAACUUUCAUGUUUGACAAUUCGGAACAGUUUUGGCCAAAAAAAAAAAAUCAGUAUCAAUAGAUCAGUAUGACUUUCGAACAUUUUGGAAUAGAACUUACUACAUCUUUUGGGAAAAUAAAAACAUGAAAGAAAUCCUCCCUGUAAUAUACUUGUGUAUUGUUCUGUUGAUGAUAAUUUAAGAAGUUACAGAAAUUGAAAUUCUUUGUAAAUAUUUCCUUUCCUAACAAACAAUGUAAAUUUGAACAAAGAUCUCAACUAUUUCAUCAGAUAUCAGAUAAUCUUGUACAAAACUGUAAAUUAUUCAUUAAAGCAACCCUGAUCACAAUAGUAUUGGUCAAAGAUUUAUUUUUACAUGCUCUUACAUUAUGCCAAAUACACACUCUUUACAUUAUGUAGAAUAACCUUUAACCUGUAAAAUAGAUAAAAUAGGAACAUUUACUUUGGUUGUAAUUACUGAUAAGUUCAAGGUGUAAAUAUUGAAGACAUUUCUACUUAACACUUGUAAAAAUGUAAAUUUCAGAUCUUAGUAUUGUGGUGCUAUGUUAAUAGAACCUUCUUUUUUUUGUUAAAGAAUAAUUUUCCAUGUUAAUUCAUAAACAUUUUAAGUCUAGACUUUAGUCUUUUUGUUGUUAACUUUCAUUAAAUGUAGGUAGUGUUUUAUUUCGGUUAGAAAUGUCAGUGAAAGAUUUUAAACUUGCUUUCGUGGAAAUGUCCGGACAGGUUUUAGACUUCUUUCUGUGGAAAUAAUGUGCAAGUUUUAAACUUGUUUCCAUGGCACUAUCAGUGACAGGUUUUAGAUGCGUUUCUGUGGAAAUGCCAGGACAGGUUUUAGACAUGGGUUUCCAUAUGGAGAAGAAACAAUAGAAGUUUGUCAUUUUUUGAAUGAUAAGUUUGGAAAGCCUUGCUUUUAUAUGAAAUUUGUGCUUAAACUUUUUUUCCAAAUUGAAUAAACAUCAAGCCAAAAGAAAUAUAUAUACAUAUAAAGCUUCAGUGAUCAUGUACUGUAUUCAGUGUAAUACCUUUCACAUGGAGUUAAACAAAUACCUAUUGUGCUGUUACUGUCUGCUUAGAAGACCUGAUAUGUAAAUAUGUGCAUAACAAAGAUUGUUUUCAAGUAUUAGGGACAGGAGAUUUCCCAUUUGUUUUUUUUUUUACAUUUUGCCUUCCUUUUCUUUGCUUGCUUGUUUGUUGUUUUUUCCACAUUGUUACAUGCUUGAAGCACAAGUUUACAUUUUAAAGUCUAGAUAGACUGUCUUUGUUUAUUUCUUCUUGUUUAUUGUGUUUAGUUAUGGUGUCAUAUUGCACUUAAUAUCUGUUCUUUCUUCUUGUUUACUUUUACCAUUUUCUAUAAGAGAAAGAGAAGAGAGGAAAACCCUACAGUAAUCAGUUUUAAUAAGGAAACCAUACUCUAUAUAUGACAUUAUAUAUUAGUUACUAUAGUAUACAAUGUGAUGUGGUGUUGGUAUUGAAGGUUUUUUUGUUGUUACUAACUAGCCAAAGGCACUGUCUUAUGUCAGGGUGUAAUAUACAGUUUUGAAAGCAUUUCUCGAAUUCCAAAACUAGAUUUUAAAAAAAAAACAUAUUAAGUAUUGACUGCAAUAUGACACUGAAUCUUGGACACCAUUUAACAUGCCUUAUACAACUGUGUUGUCUUUUCAGAGUCCAGAUAGGCCUAUUUGAGCCGUGCCAUGGGAAAACCAACAUAGUGGGUAUGCGACCAGCAUGGAUCCAGACCAGCCUGCGCAUCCGCGCAGUCUGGUCAGGAUCCAUGCUGUUCGCUAAUAGUUUCUCCAAUUCCAAUAGGCUUUAAAAGCGAACAGCAUGGAGCCUGACCAGACUGCGCGGAUGCGCAGGCUGGUUUGGAUCCAUGCUGGUCGCAUACCCACUAUGUUGGUUUUCUCAUGGCACGGCUCAUUUGUUGACUUGUAUGAUAAAAAAAAGCUUCUGUGUACAGUUUAUAUAACCUUUGCAUAUUUCUUUUUGCAUAAUUUUCAUAUUUUCAUUGAUGAGUGCUGUAUAUCUUGUAGGUAUUAAAAUGAAAACUGACAAGUUAUUUAAAACAUUUUAUUGUUGGAAAAGAAUUGAAUUUAGACUAGAUUUGUCUGGAUAUUUUUGUGGUGAUACUCUUUCUCACAUAGUCAUACUGUCAUGCCAGAACAUUUAGAAUUAUGCACUUAAUUUUACUAUAAAUUGCAUGUAUUCAGGCUUAUAAAAUAACAAAUCAACAGAAGAAUGUAAAAUUUAGAUUCGAAGGAAUUUUGUUGAGAAGAUAAGAUUUAGCUGAAACUAUGUGCACAUGAUUUUAUGGCUUGCUUGAUCUGUUUAUUGACAAAAAGUGAUGGAAUAUCCAAAGUAUGCGACAUGUGUGUGAAAUAACAUUUUUACCUGAGAGUUUUAUUGCCAAAUUCAAUUAAAAGGUACAAGUGUGAAGACUUUUAGUGGCUACACCAUGUGUUGCUCAAAUUCUUUUUAAGACUUGGCAUUCACCCUCAGAUAUUUCUUACAUGUUUUUACACUCUUAAUUUCUGUAUGUUUUCCAGUAAAAUUUGGAAAAUUGUCAUGAUGAUAUAGCUCAUGUCACAGUGGAGUAGAAUUAUUUGCUUCAGAAUUGAUCUGAUUUAAUCUGGAAAUUACUUGUAGUUUUGCUACAUAUAUCUUCAACCUGUAACCGCCCCAGUGUUAAGGGUUUCAGACUUCCUACCCCUUAAGCCUCACAGCUCUAGUUGGAAACCCUGUAAGUGGUGUAGAAAUAUGUUAGGAAUAUAUCAGUUUGGAUUUCUGAAAGAGUCAGUAGUUUUACCAAGGUGUCUUCCUGUACCUGGGGUUUUCCUAGUGAUAAAAUCAGAUAAUCUCAUUACAAGGUAAUAUACAUGUGCGUGAACAAAGUAGCCUUAUCUAGUCGUGCUUAUGAUGAUGUAAAGUCUUGUCAACUUCAGUGCUGAAACAAAAAAAGCAAGUUAUAAAAUAAUGUGUGUAAAUGAUUGUUUUCUGUACAGCAUAUAUGUUAUAAAGACAUGUUUAUAUGUCAAUGUGUAAAGUUUCCUCUAUGAACUGACAUACACCAUUGUGUACAAAAUUUUGCAUCAUGUAGAUUGUCGAAAGAGAGCAGAAUUAACUGUGAAACACAGGCAAUCAAUAAAAAUUCUCAUAUGAUCAAA